AUGGCGCUGGGGUGGGACGAUCGAGAGAAAUCCACGGGGGCGUCCGUGGGAGAAGUAUUUGCAAACUGCGAAGCCAUGCUCGUUGACGCCGAGAACGAGGAAGAGAGCGAGAGCGGUACUGAGAUCACCAAAAGCUAUGAACGAGGCGAACUUUGGGUCCGAGGACCCAACGUGAUGAAAGGAUAUUGGAGAAACCCUCAAGCCACGAAAGCGACCAUCACCUCAGAUGGCUGGCUCAAGACAGGUGACAUUGCUUACGUGGAUGACAAGAAGAAAUUCUUCAUUGUGGACAGGAAGAAGAGUGAGACUCUGACGUUCUAUGAUCUCGCACAGGAGUUGAUCAAGGUCAAAGGCAACCAAGUAGCGCCCGCCGAACUCGAAGCCGUAUUGUGUACCCAUAGAAGUAUCUUGGACGCAGCGGUCAUCGGCGCCAAGAUGGCUGACCGCGCUCGUUAUCUUCCGACCAGCGGCGAAGACGAGCAGCCACGCGCAUAUGUCGUGCUAAGGCCCGGUUCGAAUCUCACCGAGAACGCCAUCGUGGCGUACGUGGCACAACGUGUUUCCAAGAUCAAGAGGAUUACCGCCGGUGUGGUUUUCGUCGACCAUAUCCCUCGCAAUCCGACGACUCUACUAGCUGGCAUUUGUCGAUUGGACGUUAUGUUAUUUAGCGGGAGAGAAUUUUCGCUGACCCCAAGCGUCUACGUACUAGUCCGGCAAAAUCCUCCGCAGAGUACUGGCGGCGAGAUGCGAGAGCGAGCUUAG